AUGAGUGCCGAACUAGUGCCGAAUGAGCGAGAGUGCCCAGAAUGCCUCAACGGUAAGAUGAGUCUUGUCAAAGAUAAUGCCCUUCCGUUACAUUUCGUCUGGCGAUGCUCUUCAUGCAAAACUUCAAAUAUCAUCACAAAGAAAAUGAUUCGAGAGAACACAUUUUUCCAAGAACAAAAACUAUCCGUACAAAAAAUAGUACACAUAGCGGCGGAUUGGGUCGAAAGUCCAGGACGAAACAACGAAAGAACAGCUUCGUUGCAUGGAGUCACGACUUCGACGAUUGUUAAUCUCAACAAACUUUUCCGACAAUUGACGGAGCAAUGGUUCGAGCGACAAAUUGAAAAAAAUUCAAAUUUUCUGCUUGGUGGACCAGGGAAAAUCGUCGAAAUCGACGAAAGUCACAUGUAUAAAGCGAAAUACAACCGUGGGCACAUGCUAAGAAGAAAAUCUAUCUGGAUAUUUGGCAUGACUGAACGUCACACAAAUAAAGUGGCAAUGUUCCGCGUGAAGCAACGAGAUGCAGCAACUCUACUCCCGAUCAUUAGAGCACAUGUCAAACCAGGCUCUAUGAUUGUAUCCGAUGGUUGGGCCGCCUACGGAGGCAUCAGAACCCUCCAGAGAGCGUUUACACACAGAUGGGUCAAUCACAAAGUAAACUUUGUUGACCCCAGCGAUCGACGAGUUCACACUCAGUCUAUUGAAGCCACAUGGGGUGCUUUCAAACGGGAACUCAAAGCGAAAUAUGGCGUCCCAGAAGAUCAACUCGACGGAUACAUGUCGACAUACAUGUUUAGACGAUACUUCGGAAGAAAAAAACUUCUGAACCACCUUCUGAUCGAGAUGAAGUAUUAUAAGAAAGAAUAUGACUAUGAUUCAAGUGAAUCUGAAAUCUCCACGGAUGAAGCUCUGAUUACGACGGCGGUGAAGACGAGUCCGAUUCCAGCGACCCGAAUCAUGGAGACGACGAUGAUGAAGACGGAGCAGAUAGUACAAAAAAGAAAACAGUUCGAUUCUGAUAGAGUUUCAUUUGCUCCCAAACAACGAAAUGAAAGAAACAAUCGCGCCUUUACAUUUUCAACAAGACAAACCACAAUGGCUGCUCGUUUGAAUCGAAAUAGAAACGAACGUCGAAGUUCUUCUACCGCUUCUACAAUGAGAACCACCACCUCUUCUAAGCCAGAAAUGAUUAUCAAAACCAACAGACCAAUUUCGUCAACUACACCAAGGCAAACGACGACCAAAACUCGAAAACCUCGGAAGAAGACACAAAGUCGAAAAGCUGAUCCUACAACCACCAUCACAACCACAGCAACCAUGAGGACCACGACCACCAUGAGAACAAGACGAACAACUUCCCAUCAGUCGAGACGAACCACGACAGAACCUCGUACGAAACGGACGACGUCUGCCCCUGAAACGAGACAAACAACCAUCACCACUCAGAAGACUCGGAAUGAUAGAAGAAGACGCGGGCGGCCCACUACCACCACUCCAAGAUCGACUACCAUUACUCCAAGAUUCACAACCACUACUCUAAAAUCCACUUUCACCGGCCGAAGGAAGUUCAAAGGACGCGGAUAA